AUGCCUGUGGAUGUGGAAAGGAUUAUUCAGUAUAUCAAAAAAGGUGAUCAGGACAAUGUACAAAUGCAACUGGAUGAUUACAACACAGAGUACUCACAGUGCUUCUUUUUCGAUGUGGAAGAAAGAGAAAGAAGAAAGCAACGUGAGCUGGAAGAGUUUCGGAGGAAUAAAGUGAGACAGAAUGUUCCAGACUCUGAUUCAGAUUUUGACUCUGAUGGGAAUGAUGAUGCCGAUCUUGUUUUGAGGAGGAGACUUGCUGCAGCUCUGAUCUGGUUUAUUUGUAUGCGGCUGCAGCCAUGUGUACUAAGGGAGUGUCUGCGAACUCUGAGAAUUAUCUCAAGGGAUCGUAAGGCCUUGGCCCCCCUGAUCACAGACUCUGCCAUUCUAACUCUGGCUCGAUUUGGGGGAAUCUCUACCUUGCCUGCCUGUUAUGAAGAAGAGGAGACUGGAGUUUCGCAAUGCUCCAUGAUUCCCAUCAACCGUAUAAAUGCAACAUCAGAAUGUGAUACUGUUAAGAAAGUUGCAAUCCUAACACUGACUGAGCACCAUGAAGAAAGCCUAAUGAGGGAGAGGGUCACCGGGGUGUUGACAAGAGGAAAAAAGGAUGCCAGAGGAGAGAAGGAUGAGGAGGGGCGUGAUGAUGGAGAGUUGGUGAGGAAAGAAGCUUUGAAGACCCUUUGCAAUGUUAUCUACAACAGUCCGAAAGCACAAGAGAGAGCCAGCAGCCUGAGAUUGCUUCAAGGCCUAUCAGAGAGACUUAAGGAGGGGCUUAUAUGUUCAUCAAGCCCUCCAAGUUGUCAGUUUUAUGAACUGCGACUUCUCUUUCUACUGACGGCUCUAAGGCCUGAGCUUAGGGUGCAGCUCCGACAGGAGCAUGGCGUGUCCCUCUUGACUGCAGCUCUUGAACAGUGUUUAGAAGUGCGCUGGGGUGAAGCAUAUGAGGUGCUGACUGACCAGACAGCACCCCCUUUCAGUAAGGAGGUGUCUCAACGUGCCCUUGAGAUUCUGAAGACCCUGUUUAACAUUACCUAUACUGUCCACAGACAAGAAAUAGAUGAGGAGGCUGGUGCUUUGUAUCGUCACCUAGCUGCGGUCCUGCGUCAUUGCCUAUUAGUGCCCUGUGAGGGAGAAGACAGGAGAGAGGAACUGCAGGGACACACCGUGAACGUGCUUUCAGCUCUACCUCUUCAGUGCUUGGAUGUUCUGCUCGCUGUUCGACUGUCUGAAGAUUCAAAAGAGUCUGGUGGAGUCAACAUGGACUGUGUCCACACUUUGCUGCUCUUCAUGGAGAAGAGACUGGACAAAAGUCAUACGCUAAAGGAAAAACUGACUCUGGUAUUAAACUUAUUGACUGAGAGCAGCAAGGCACACAGAGAAACCAGACACUAUCUCAGACACCAGAUCCUGCCUCCACUGAGGGAUGUUGAAUUGAGGCCUGAACAAGGGAACACAUUGAGGAGCAGAUUGGUGCGACUGAUGACCCAUGUUGACACUGAUAUCAAACACUGCGCUGCUGAGCUUCUCUUUGUACUCUGUAAAGAAAAUGUAAGCAGAUUUGUGAAGUACACCGGCUAUGGUAAUGCAGCUGGGCUGCUGGCAGCACGGGGUCUGCUGAACGGCCGCGGCUCGUCUCCUCAGCCACAGUACUCCAGUGACUCUGAUUCAGACACUGAGGAGUACAGACAGGUCAAGGACAGAAUUAACCCAGUGACGGGACGGGUGGAGGAGGAACAGCCUGAUCCCAUGGAAGGGAUGACUGAAGAGGAGAAAGAGGCAGAGGCACACAGACUCAUAAAUAUGUUCAACAAGCUGUCACGGGACAAGAUCAUUCAGCCAAUGGGAGUGACCACAGAUGGGAAACUGGCACCGCUUUGUGGCCAGAUGAGGCACAGCACUAUGGAAGAGGAAGAGGAGGAGGGGGAUGACAGUGAGACAGAUCAGUAAUGAAGGAAAAGGGAGGAAAUAAUAAGAUGAUGAUUAAUGAGAGAUAGGAUGAAAGUCAGGAAAAUAUGUACUAAAGAUUUUAGCAGUGAAACAAUAACAGUGCACCAUUAGUGCACACAUUUUUCCUUAAUAACUAGAAUUAAGGAAACUUAUUUUAAAAAGGUAUGGUUAUGAAAAUGAGAUGAUAUGAUAAAUUAAAUGAGCAUAAAAAGAUGCAAUAAGAAGCACUGUUAAAAACGAAUAAGAGAGAGUUUAAAUGUAAUUUAUGUGCACAAAAUAGCAGAUGUAAUUGUUUUAUUAUAAAUCUUGUCAAAGUGAAUAUCAUACAAAUAAUAUGAUUUAGAAGCAGCUACAUGUAGAAGCAAAGAAACAUAGCAGACAAAGAGCGAGUGAAACAGCCAUCACACCAAAGACAGACAAACACUCCUGGAAAAUGCUGCCACUGUUGCCAUGGUUGUGUUACCAUGGUAACAACAGGAAAUGCAGUUCUAUAGUUUUUUUUUUUUUGCUCUAGCAAGAAUGAAAUGUUUACCUUGAAGAGAAGAAGUGCUGAGAGUGAAAUCUAACGCUGGAUUUGUUAGCAUUCUGCAGUGAGAUAAAUAAAAAAUAAUGUUAUUCCUCAAAUCCUCAAGAG